AUGCUUGCAAAGUCUGGAGACAGUUUGGCCGUGGAGGAUCCUGACAUGGUGGCUGCCAAAACGCAUGCCUUGUCGGAAUUUGAUCACGUGCAUCCAUUCACCAGUGCGGCCGACUUGAAAGCAGCACUCAGCAGGGAUGUGCUGGUGGGCCACAAGAUGGCUGUGAUCAUCGAUGCUGGGACGAGCAGGCUGAAGGUGAACUCCGCGUACAUCGAUGUUUGCAAAGAAAUUUUGACAGAGUGCAACUUGUCAAAGUAUGCCAUUGGUAUAGUCCUUGGCCCAAGACUCGAUUUGAUGGAUUCCCUCAUGAAACGGUGCCAGCAGCUCUUCAAAAGUUGUCGGACGGUCUUGAUACAGCUCACGGCGGGGCCAACUCAGAGGCUUGGAAAAGCUCUUCCGUCCUUCCUUAUCUUGGUCCACAGUGAUGCCUCUGUUCCUCUCCCUUAUUCGGCGGAGUUGCUGAAGCACAGGUCUGAGUCGAUGGAGCAGCCACGGUUGCGCUGCAUGUCGAAAAUGUGCUGCUUCCGGUCAUCGACGGAAAUGGCCCUUCUGAUCAGCCGCUUGUCUGGCACCACAACCCACAAUCCUUAG